AUGCCCUUCCCUUCCCUGAUUGGGUGGAAGGGGGGUGCGGUCUUUCAGACAUUCCCCUUCCUGAUUGGGGAGUGGAGGGUGCAGGAGAAGCGCAAGGCAGCGCGGCUGCUGGAGAUCCCGGUGGUGGUGACGGAGCAGUACCCCCAGGGGCUGGGCCCCACGGUGCCAGAGCUGGGGGCCGAGGGGCUGAAGAAGUUCUCCAAGACCUGCUUUAGCAUGCUGGGACCAGAGGUGGAGCGGGAGCUGGGGGCGCUGCCCCACCUGCGCUCAGUGCUCCUGUGCGGCAUCGAGACCCAGGCCUGCAUCAUGAUCCAGAAGCUCAUUAAGGAGCCGGCCCCGGACAGCGGCCUCCUCCCCCUGUUCCUGGGACAGAGCCCUGGGUUCAGCUAA